AUGGCGGCCUUGGUGAGGAAAAAAGGGGAGAUGGCGACAGCUAUCGAACAGUACGCUCUUGAUGGUCUCCAUAUUGCUACCGAAAUUGUAGCUUCAGAUGUGGCUGAGGAGAACAAGAAGAUCCACGAAGAGGUUGAAGCAAUGACUGACGUUGCGCACCCGAAUCAUGUCGGUGGUCGUCCCAUGCUAGACCAGAUAUUCCAGGCAGUGUCCGACGGCGACUACCCGCGCUUCAAGGCUAUGGUGAUGAUUCUGGGCACCCGAACGGGAAACCUCAAGGAGACGGUGGAGUCGCUGACGGUGGAAGAUCCACGGUUGCCGGGAGCGCAAGGUUACAAUGCGCUGCACCUCGCCGCCAUUAGAGGAGGGAGGCUGGAUAUAUGCAGGUACCUGGUCGAGGAGAUCGGGGUGGAUGUGAAUAGCACCGACAAGGAAGGAGAUUGUGACAUUGUAGAACUAUUGCUCGCCAAAGGAGCUUAUGUUGACCCGCUAGCCUCUAAUGUGACGCCACUUUAUCUCGCUGCUAGGGAAGGGAAUGAUGCUGCUAUGAAGAUCUUAUUGGACCAUAAUGCAGAUUACAACAGGAUGGUAAACGGUAAGACGCCUCUUAUGCGUGCGAUGGAUAGCGCCUCAAGGAAAUGUAUGCAUCUCUUGAUCAAGGCUGGUGCUGAUAUCAUGGGAGCAGCGAUGUAUGCUGUAGAUAGUCCCAAUGCCGCGGAACUUCUUUCACCUGACUUCUUCAGUUGCGUACUGGAGGACAUUGGUAACCACCAAUAUGAUCUUGAUGCUGAUGAGCCUGUGGCUAAACGGAGAACUAGGAUAGCAAGGUUCAAGUCAUUGGGAGAUAAUUGUUUCAAGACAAAGGACUAUGUUUCUGCAGCAGGAUACUACACUCUGGCAUUGUACCUUGUUCCUGAUGAUGCUGCAAGUGCAACUUUGUUCUCAAAUAGGAGCCUUUGCUGGCUUCACAUGGGUGAUGGAGGCAAGGCUUUGCUAGACGCAGAGGAAUGCCAAAAAAAGAGGCCGGACUGGCCAAAGGCCCAUUACCGGAUGGGCACAGCUCUGAUGUUUCUGAAGGACUACCAGAGGGCCUGUGAACGAUUUUCUGAUGCUCUCAAGUUGGAUCCAGGGAGCUCUGAGAUUGAGGAUGCACUAAGGAAAGUUUCCGAGUCCUUGAAGUUGUCUCGGAGCAAGCAGGUCUGA